AUGUCAAAAGAACAAAGCUCAACAGAAAUUUUCAAUAAAGACGUAGAAAUGAUUUUAUCAAAACAUGAAAAAGAAAAAGAAAAUCAAGAAGUAGGAAGUUCGACCAGAGGAAGAGGAAGAGGUAAAUCAAACAGAAGUAGAGGAAGAGGUGGGAAAAGAGGAAAAGGCGGAGCAACAACGACACGACAAACGAGAAGCACGGUGAAAGGAAAAAUCAGGGAACCUAUAGAAGAACCUGAGGAAGAAGAAAAUGAAGAAGAUAGUGCGUUAACGGACAUAGACAAAGAAGAGACGAAUAAAGAAGAGGUCAACGAAGGAGAAGAAGAGAGAAAGAAGGGAAAGGGUGAGAAGCUUACUGAGGAUGAGGAUGAAGAAGAGGACAUCAUCUCGUUAGUGGAUGAAGCAAAAUUCGUAGCAGAAGAUGCGCAUAUCGACAGAGAACAUGAAAGAUAUGUUGCAGAAUUGACGAGACACUUCAGGAAAGGAAACACCGGUUGCUUUGAAAUGCUAGAAAAGACUUAUUGGAGAUGGUGUGAGAGGAUUGGUACCGAACCACGAGGAGUCCAAAUGUUAGACUGUUCAAGCGAAAAAGAAGAAGAGUUAGAAAUAAGCACCUCUAAAAGAAAAGCAAAAACUCAAGUGACGGAGAAAGCAACUAAGGUUGGAAAGAAGAUGAAUCAUGGUCAAGUGUUGACUCACAGAUUGAUAGACCUAUCGUCCUAUUGA